CUGGUAGGACACGCUGCCUCAGAUUAACAGUAAUAGUUUGUGGAGAAGUGUAACCCGGCGUUGGAACCGUAAUCUCGUGUGGAUUAACCUUCUGGACGGUCUGGACACAAAGGAACAGUCCAAUGGCGGCGGUCAGAUGGUGGUCAGCGUGCAUGUCUUUACUGGCUCUAACCGCAGUGGACUGCAGCGGAGCGCCCAGCAAGGACGGCUACGGGUCACCGAGCUAUCGACAACUGGUCCGCUUCCGACAUAAGGAUGCCAUUCCCGAGGGGCUGAGGAUGAAGGGUCUGAUGGGGCACAAUGGCUUCCCCAAACCGUGCGAGCAUAAGUACUGUGGUCUUGGUCGUCACUGUGUGGUGGAUGAGGGCACAGGUCUGGGGGAGUGCGCGUGUCUGGAUCAGUGUAAACCGCACUACAAACCCGUGUGUGGAUCUGACGGACAGCUCUACCCCAACCACUGCGAGCUGCACCGGGCCUCCUGUCUGCGAGGACACAAGAUCACCAUCCUGCACAGCGAGGAGUGCUUCUACAAAGAUGACAACUGCAGACUGAGCGAUUACAGGCGUCUGAAAAACAAGGUGCUGGAUCUCCAUGAGAAGCGCUACAUGGGCUACAGCACCCACGGGAGUCACCGGGACGACAUGGGUGCCAGGAAGCAGCUGGUGGAUGUGAUGUUCAAACGCUUCGACGCUGAUAACGGAGGAAGGAUAGAUGCCAGUGAGAUCUCACAGGUGAUCAAACAGGAGGGUCUGUCCAAGGAGAAAAGUGACUGCUCUUUAUUCGACCUCCUCAAGUACAACGACAUGAAUGAUGAUGAGCACCUGACCAGAGAGGAGUUCUACACUGCUUUUGAUGUGUACCUCCUGACCCUGCCUGAAGACCAGAAGUUGAGCAUCACUGUGGCGACAGUGGGCCAGAGUGUGGUCCUGAGCUGUGCCAUCAGCGGCGAGCGCAGACCACCCAUUCUGUGGAGGAGGAACCAACAGUACCUCAACUCUCUGAACCUGGAGGACAUCAAUAUCCCGUCACAGGAUUUCGGAGAUGACGGCUCGCUGUACAUAACCAAGGUGACCACCAGCCACAUGGGGAACUACACGUGUCAUGCGGAUGGGUUUGACCGGCUCUACCAGAUCCACACUCUGCAAGUUAACGUCCCUCCAGUGAUCCGGGUGUACCCAGAGAGCCAGGCCAGAGAACCAGGCGUCACAGCCAGUCUGAGGUGCCACGCUGAGGGCAUCCCCAGCCCACAGCUCUCCUGGCUCAAGAACGGCAUGGACAUCUCCUCCAAGCUCUCCAAACAGCUCACCCUGCAAGCCAAUGGAAGUGAAGUGCACAUCAGUAACGUUCAUUUCGAGGACACAGGAGCGUACACGUGCAUCGCGAAAAACUCGGCUGGAGUGGACGAGGACAUCUCUUCUUUGUUUGUAGAGGACUCAGCGCGGAAGACACUGGCGAACAUACUAUGGCGCGAGGAAGGUCUAGGCAUUGGUAAUAUGUUCUAUGUAUUCUAUGAAGAUGGCAUUAAGGUGAUCCAGCCGGUGGCGUGCGAGAUACAGAGACACAUCAAGCCCAGUGAGAAGCUGCUCGCACUGGAGGAGGAGGUGUGUCCGGGCGACGCAGAUGAGCCCGUUCAGAAGUGCGUGUGGUCAUCUGCCGUAAACGUGAGGGACAAGUUCAUCUAUGCCACCCAGCCCACCCUGGACCGAGUGCUCAUCGUGGACAUUCACACGCAGAAGGCUGUGCAGACUGUCAGCACGGAUCCCUACCCUGUCAAACUUCACUACGACAAGUCUCAUGACCAAGUGUGGGUGCUGAGCUGGGGAGAUAUGGAGCGCAACUUUCCCACUCUGCAGGUGAUUAACCAGGCCAGCGGACGAGUGGCCCACCACACACUGCACACUCAGCCCAUCGGGAGGCGCUUUGAUCGGGUCGAUGACUUCUUCAUCCCCCCCUCCAGCCUCAUCAUCAACCAUGUCAGGUUCGGCCUCAUCCUUCAUCGGAAUGAGCCUGUCCUCCACAAAAUCGACCUAGAGACGACAUCCUACGUGAAAAACAUCAGCCUGCAAGAGUAUAACUGCAUCCCCAAAUCCAUGGCCUACACCCACCUCGGAGGAUACUACUUCGUCAACUGCAAGGCCGACUCGACCGGGGCUACCCAACCUCAAAUCAUUCUGGACAGCGUUACUGACAGCGUCAUCGGAUACAAUCGCGACGUAACUGGCACUCCAUACAUCUCUCCCGAUGGCCACUACUUGGUUACCGUUGACGACACGGACGGACUUAUGCGAAUUCAAACCAUUUCGGAGCACGGCAAGAUCAGUGACCCUUUCGACAUCCAUACCAACCUGCACCUGUCAGACGUAGCAUUCCAGAGGUCCUUCACCGAGCUGCACCAGUACAACAUUUUCGGCAGUUCCGGACGCCAAACCGAUGUCCUUUUCGUAGAACUCAGCAGCGGUAAAGUGAAAAUGAUCAAGAGUUUGAAAGAAGCCACCAAGUCGUACGAAUGGCCGUGGAAUGCUAAGAACCGGAUUAUGGCGAGCAGCGGACUUUUCGGACAGUACCUCAUGACACCGUCCAGGGAGUCUUUGUUCAUUUUAGACGGACGACUCAACAAGCUCAACUGCGAGAUCACGGAUGUGCUGAAGGGGAAUGUUGUGGUGUGGGUUGGCGAGUCCUAGGUCCUGGUUUGAUUUGGUUUUCAGUUCCUCAAAAAAGUACUCUUGCACUGUUAAGUUUUGUCGGAGCUAAGAUUUGUCCAAGAACCAAAUUGAAGAAGUUCAAUUCAAAGACUGGCUAAAGUCGGUGAACACAGAG